CUAAGUGGGACAAGACUAUGUGAACUCCAAUGUCUUUGAUUAUAAAUACUAUGAUCAAAAUCCAGCAUAUGUAGCAAUCACAUUCUCCAACAUAAAAUUGCAGCCAUGGCUUCUUUCCUUCAGACAUGGAGCAUCAAACCCCUGAUUAUGGCCUUUCUAGUGAUGAACUUGAGUAAAUCGAUUGCUGUACAAAUUUAUCGACCUGGGCCGUGGUCUCUUGCUCAUGCUACAUUUUAUGGUGAUGAGUCCGCCUCUGCAACAAUGGGAGGAGCCUGCGGCUAUGGGAACUUGUUCAACAAUGGUUAUGGUGUAGAUACAGCAGCACUGAGCUCAACAUUGUUCAAAAACGGAUAUGCAUGUGGAACUUGUUAUCAGAUUAAGUGCGUUUAUUCUCCUUGGUGCUACAAAGGGUCGCCUUACGCGACCAUAACAGCCACAAACAUAUGCCCACCCAACUGGUCUCAAGACUCUAACAAUGGCGGGUGGUGCAACCCGCCAAGGACUCAUUUUGACAUGGCCAAACCUGCAUUCAUGAAAAUUGCUCAGUGGAAGGCUGGCAUUGUCCCUGUCAUGUACCGCAGAGUGCCAUGUGUCAAACGAGGUGGCCUGCGGUUCACUUUUCAAGGAAAUGGCUAUUGGCUUUUGGUGUAUGUGAUGAAUGUUGCAGGAGGUGGUGAUGUUGCAAAUAUGUGGGUAAAAGGUAGCAGAACAGGAUGGAUUAGCAUGAGCCACAACUGGGGAGCUUCUUACCAGGCUUUCGCCACUUUAGGAGGUCAAGCUCUUUCUUUCAAGCUCACUUCAUACACUUCCAGAGAAACUAUAAUUGCCUGGAAUGUUGCCCCUGCAAACUGGAAUGUCGGGAUGACUUACAAAUCAUGGUCAAAUUUCCAUUGAAUUGCAAUAGCACAUCGAUCUUUUGUCAAAAAUUUUGUUUCUAGUCUCUGUCAUUGAAGCAUUUUCUUUCAGCUUCUGGUUUUCUUGUAUGUUUGAAGAUUCUCUAGUCUGUCUACCCUUUCAGUUUCCGUGAAAGGGUAGAGUUAGUUGUAUGAGCUCUCACUCGGAGUUAA